AUGGUUCUCGCACAAACGGCGAUUGCAAUUGAGAGAACCGUGGCAUCAAUCUCCUUACACGAAUACGAGCAUCAAGGGAAACACUUGGGAAUUCUUUUGACAUUAGCUGUGUUAUUCACUACAAUAACCGCUUGUUUAUGGUUAUUUUCAACGGAUAAUCCGGCUGAACUUCAAAUUGCUUGUGGUAGUUUCUCAGAUGCCACUUUUGCUAAAGCCAAUUUUUUGUACACUUCUCUUCUUUUCAUCGACACUUUCAAUCUGACUGCUUACAUCAUGAUCUGGUCAAGAAAUAAGCAAUUAUGCAAAAAAUCAGCUUAUGUAACAAGGGUUAAAUAUCAAAUUCAAGAGAACCUUUAUGUGUUGGGAAUGGUUUUUCCAAUUGCUCUUUCGCAUUUUAUCGUUUUCGGUUUUGAUAUGGGAUUUUUGUUAUUAUUGCGAUCGCAAAAAGAGAAUUUGAGUCUAAAAUUGUAUCGAACGUUGUCAAUGCUUGGAUAUGUAAUCCCAUUUUUCACGAUCAUACUCCCGAUUACCAUUAUCACAAUCGAAUAUCGAACACAGGCGAAAAGACGACGAAUUUUGGCAUCAACAGUGAAUGUCGAUUCGACCGGCGAAGUGUAUUUUCGAUCAUUGCAAUUACAAUGGGCACAAUGU